AGUUACUUGUUGUCCACGGAUCUUCCCUCAGCAAGUUCCUCUAUUUAAGCUCUAUAUUCUGCCUUUGCUCUACUUUCUUUUAACUGUUUUACAAUCUCCUCCUCUCAGCUGUCUUGCUAUAAAUUUUUUUCUUGAAUUUGCUUCUUUUGUGCAUAUAUUUUUAGGUUCUUGUAGAGGAUUUUAAGCUUGGUGUUUGUGAUAUUAAUGGAAGGUGCUGUUGUGGUCAACAAAGGAGAAGAUCUUAUCGAUCUGCCUCCUGGUUUUCGUUUCCAUCCAACUGAUGAAGAAAUCAUAACUCAUUAUCUUACUGAGAAGGUGAUGAACAGCUGUUUCAGUGCAUGUGCUAUUGGUGAAGUUGAUCUCAAUAAAUCCGAACCAUGGGAUUUGCCUAAGAAAGCAAAGAUGGGAGAAAAAGAAUGGUACUUUUUUUGCCAGAGAGAUAGAAAAUACCCAACUGGUAUGAGAACUAACCGAGCUACGGAGGCUGGAUAUUGGAAGGCCACCGGAAAAGACAAGGAGAUUUACAAGGGAAAAAACUGCCUUGUUGGGAUGAAGAAGACUCUUGUUUUCUACAGAGGGAGAGCUCCUAAAGGAGAGAAAACUAAUUGGGUCAUGCAUGAAUAUAGACUUGAAGGCAAAUUCUCUUAUUACAAUCUUCCUAAAGCUUCAAAGGAUGAAUGGGUUGUCUGUAGGGUUUUCCACAAGAGCACAGGGAUAAAGAAAACUUCAAUUCAGGAUCUUUUAAGGGUGAACUCUUUUGGUGAUGAUUUCUUGGACUAUUCAUCACUCCCACCUCUCAUGGAUCCUCCUCAAUAUAACAGGCCUGGCUCCAGCAGUUUCAACGAUGAAGACGAUGAAUUCAAAGCCAUGAUUAACAAUAAUCAAAACUAUCUUCAUCAUCAGCUUCCAAAUUCCAGCUACGAAGCACCAAUAACUUCCACUUUCUACUCUCAAAUCCCAGCCUCAAGCCCUCUCUUCACCUUCCAAACCACACCAACUAUGUCUGGUUACUUCCCAAGCUCUAGCUUUGGUGCUAAUGAACAAACCAUUUUACGAGCAUUGGCUGCCAAUACUGAAACUUCUGUGCAGGAGAAACACUGCAAGGUUGAGCAAUUUUCAUCUAACCAAUCUGUGGCCACCCUCUCACAGGACACUGGACUAAGCACAGACAUCAACACCACCACCACCGAGAUAUCAUCGGUGGUCUCGAAGCAAGAAAUCGGAAGCAACAAAUUGUAUGAUAAUCUCGAAGGCCCAUCAUCAGUCAGCCCCAUUGCAGAUUUAGAGGUCUUGUGGGAUUACUGAUCAGUUCUGUCUGUUCUAUAAAAUUCUUAGAGAUAUAUGUGAUGAUGAUGAUUUGAAACAAUCUUCUUCUCUCCACUAGGUAAAUUUGAUUAUAGUUUUAAAAAGUUAUUGGAUUCACACAUGAAUAUUCUUGUAUAGAUUAUAGGUUAAGUUCAUGAUAUUCAAACCUUGCAGAUUCCAUUUUUAGUGACAGAUACAGAAGGAAAAAUAUCCAUGAAUAUAUACAUAUAAUUCAUGUACAUUUAUUCUUUUAUAUUAAAUAGUGCAUUUUAUUUUUUGGGUUUUAA